AUGCCAUUAAGAAAUAUCCAAGAAGUAGAAAUCUUCGAUGUUUGGGGGAUUGAUUUUAUGGGACCUUUUCCAUCAUCAAUGGGAAAUAAAUAUAUCUUAGUAGUUGUUGACUAUGUGUCUAAGUGGAUUGAGACUAUAGCCUCACCUACAAAUGACACACGAGUAGUGAUUAAAUUAUUCAAAAAUAACAUUUUCCCUAGAUUUGGAGUACUGCGCCUUGUUAUAGGUGACAGUGGAUCACAUUUCAUAUCCAAAACUUUUGAUAAAAUUUUAGAUAAAUAUGGAGUUAAGCAUAGAGUAGCAACACCAUAUCACCCGCAGACUAGUGGACAAGUGAAAGUGUCAAAUAGGGAGAUUAAACAAAUCUUAGAGAAAACGGUUUCAAUAUCUAAAAAAGAUUGGUCUCAAAAGCUUAAAGAAGCAUUAUGGGCCUAUAGAACCGCUUAUAAAACCCCUAUAGGAACCACCUCGUACCAAUUAGUUUACGGAAAAUCUUUUCACUUACCUUUUGAGCUAGAACACAAAGUCUAUUGGGCCAUUAAAACCCUGAAUUUGGAUUACCUAGUAGCCGGUGAAAAGCGCAUUCUAGACAUUCAUAAAUUAGAGGAACUACGUCUCAAUGCUUAUGAAAAUGCCAUAAUAUAUAAAGAAAGAACCAAAGCGUGGCAUGAUAAGAGAAUUGUUUCAUGUCUCAUUACUCUCCGUAGCAUUUCUCCACUAACCGUAUUUUUCAGGAUGCAGAGUUUCGAUGAUAUGCAUGUUGCGUUCAGAGACGAAAUUCAGAGAAAGCAUUAUGCGAUCCUAUCUGAGCGUCCCAUGUUACCCACUAGGUACCCUGACCCUGAUUUCAUGGAAACCUUAGGUCUUGAGGCAAGUGUGAGCUUUCAGAUAGGCUAUAUUAACUUCAGAUUGUUUGGAAUUGAGUACACCUUCAAUCAUAAGGAGUUUGCUGAGUUACUUGGUUUUCAGUAUGGCCCUGAUGCUAUGCCUGGAAUUACUUUAGGCUAUUUUAUACAGGAUGAGAUAGACAAAUUCUAG